UUCCUUUGAAGUGACACGGCCGUCCAGGCUCGGAUAACAAACCCUUGUACUGUGCUUUCCACGAAGCGUGUCAACGAUCCGCGGACUAGCUUCAGUUCUGCAUGCCAUAAACCUCUUGUUAGGGAUUAUUUGAUAUUUUUUCAUUAUGGGGUUGAGGGCGGCCUCUCUCUUCGCCCUGAUUUUCCUUGUUUGCAGAAUAGCGAAUUCACAGGAUCAAAAUGACGAGGAAUGCAAUUGUAAAGCGGGACCCAAAGGUUCAAGGGGAAGACCAGGAAAAACUGGUGUCAAUGGUCCGCCAGGAGAGGAGGGUCCUGCUGGAAAAGAUGGAUUACAAGGCCCCAAAGGCUAUAAGGGGGAGGCUGGAGUACAAGGCCCUACAGGAACACAAGGAGAUCAGGGAAUGAUUGGAGUGCCUGGAUUUCCUGGCAUCAAUGGUAUACCUGGAGUCCCAGGAAUUGCUGGACCAAAAGGUUUCAUGGGACUCUGCGGAUGUGAUGGUGAUAAGGGAGAACCUGGCCGCACAGGAACAGAUGGUACAAUAGGGGUAGCAGGAGAUCCUGGAGAGCAAGGACCUAAAGGCCCUGUGGGUGACCCCUAUGAUGGGCCAAUUAUUGCAACAAAAGGAAAGCCGGGUGACACAGGAGCCAAGGGAGAAAUGGGGCCAUCAGUAAGUACUUUAAGAGCAGGCCCUCCUGGAGAAGUUGGUCCCCCUGGUAUACCUGGUGAGCCUGGGCCUCAAGGUGAACAGGGUAGACCUGGCCCUGACGGUGACAAGGGUUUGAAGGGUAACCCUGGACCUGCUGGCCCUACUGGUUCAACAGGAGAAAGAGGGGGUGGAGUGCCAGGCCCACCAGGUGGUCAGGGAAUGAAAGGAACGGCUGGACGUCCUGGUGAGAGUGGACCGUCUGGUGAACUAGGAGAUGCAGGAGCCCCCGGUUUUCCAGGUGCUUCUGUAUUUGGACCCAAAGGCGAAGUUGGUGAAACAGGGCCAAUUGGUCCCCCAGGGGCACCUGGUACUCCAGGUGUUCAAGGUAUGCUGGGAGAUCCUGGACUACCUGGUGAAGAGGGGCCGCAAGGUAGUAACGGUUCACGUGGCGAACCAGGAAACGAUGAACCUGGACCCAAAGGUAUGGACGGGCCACCAGGACUAAAAGGAAUUGUUGGAGUUCAGGGCGAGUUAGGACGCAAAGGACCAAAAGGUAACCAGUCUGUUUUUGUGUUGUUUUCUUUUUCAUUUUUGAACUCAAUACGCUCUGAACCAUAUUUUUGCCAAGAGGCUGACUGUCCACCUCCCAAAGUCGGUGCUCAGGGGCCACCAGGGUCACCAGGAAAUCCAGGAGAAAGGGGCAAACAAGGAUUACGAGGAGAGCAAGGUGGAAAGGACACGUGUCCUGUUUGUCCGCCAGGACCCCAAGGUCCUAAGGGGGCUAAAGGUGUGCCCGGUGAAAAGGGACUUCCUGGAAUGAAUGGUACAGAUGGAAACAAGGGUGCAGAGGGACCGACUGGGCAACGUGGUCCACAAGGCCCUGAUGGUUCACCUGGACAGAAGGGUGCCGAUGGUUUUGAAGGAGGCCAAGGGAAAAAAGGAGAAAAGGGUGAUGCGCCUGUUGGUGAAAGAGAAGAGGUUUAUCAGCCGCCAGGUCCGCAAGGUGACGAAGGAAGCCCUGGUUCAAAGGGUGUGCGUGGAUCUGCUGGUAAUAAUGGGUCUUCUGGACUCCCUGGUCCGAGCGGAGAAAAAGGAGAUGUAGGGGCACCCGGAAUGUCGGGUCUUGAUGGUUUUCCAGGUACAAAUGGUCUACCAGGAGACCGUGGUUCCAAAGGUGAGACUGGUGACAAAGGUGAUCGUCCCAUCGUACCCGUGCCCGAUAUGGGUAGAAAAGGCGAGAAAGGAGCCGAAGGAGAUAAAGGAGCUAGUGGAGAAAACAUAAGUCCGAGUGAUCUAGCGCAGCGUUUAAGCGGUGAAAGAGGUGACAACGGUACAGUAGGAGUGAAAGGAAUUGCGGGAAUGGAUGGAGUUCAAGGAUGGAGAGGCGUAAACGGAAGUAUGGGAGCCGACGGGGACAAGGGAACACCAGGAGAGAAUACUACAGGUCCCCCUGGACCCGCCGGUCCUCCAGGUCCACAGGGAGAUAUAGGUGAUAGAGGUGAAAGAGGAGCCAAAGGUGACUUAGGAAUGGACGGAUCGGAGGGACCAGCAGGAAGAAACGGAUCAAAGGGAAUGCCAGGUGAACCUGGUGAUCGUCAAGAUGGACUCAGAGGUAAAGACGGUGAAGACGGACAGAAAGGCGCUAGAGGGGUCCCAGGUGAAGGCGGCGUGGUUGGAUUUCCAGGUGACCCAGGUGCUAAUGGAGAGGAUGGUUCCGCUGGGCCGAAAGGACUGCCGGGACAGCCUGGAGCCCAGGGCCCCAAAGGAAAUCAGGGAACUAAGGGAGAGCUUGGUGACAGCAUAAGCGGUCCUCCGGGUGACCCUGGAAUUAUGGGUCUACCAGGUGUCCCAACUAAAGGCGAGAGAGGAGAACCAGGCUCAAAAGGAGAUGCAGGUUCGCCGGGAACACCUGGACAAAACGGUCCUCCGGGUAAUCCUGGUGACGAUGGGCCUCCUGGUGACCCAGGUAACCCAGGUCCACAAGGAAUGAAGGGAAGAACAGGAGUCAUUUUGUGUGGCCAGGAAAACGCUGACUAUGCCUUCCUCAUGGAUGCAUCUCGUAGUAUUCUCCCAGACGAAUUUCAGUUGGUGAAAGAAUAUGUAAAGGACGUUAUUGAAUACCUCAGCAUUGGCCCCGCUCUCACCCAUGUCGGUGUCAUUGAAUACAGCAAGAGCGCCAAAAUGGAGCUAGCUUUUGACAAAUCGUAUGAUAGAGAAGAAAUAAAAAGGAUCGUAGACAAAGUACCACACACCAAGGGUAUUACACGAAUCGAUCUGGCCCUGCAGGUUGCCUCACAGGAAUUAUUUACUGCAGCAAUUGGAGGAAUGAGGAAUUCAUCCAGAAAGGUAAUGGUUCUACUAACAGAUGGUAACCAAACAGGAACAGAUGUUGCUCCAGACCAAGUACCCCUUGUUGAUGCCAUACAACCCAUUAAAGCUCUUGAAGUCAAGGUGAUUGCUGUUGCCAUUGGGAGUGUUGACCUUGAUCAGCUGCGUGUGUUAGUGACCAACAAUGAUGACAUUUUGAGGGCAGGAAGCUUUGCCGAACUUCGGAAUCUCGUUAGAACCACUGUCGAGAGGAGUUGCAGAGGUCCACUUGGCGAUCCUGGUAAGAAGGGACCAAAAGGUUUCCCAGGUGAACCAGGAGGAGAAGGGACGGAGGGUUUCCCAGGGAUGCCAGGAAAUCAAGGACCUAAAGGAGAUCAGGGUCCCACAGGGCCACCAGGUACUCGCGGCGAGGGUGGAGAUAAAGGAUUCACUGGAGAUGAAGGACCCCCAGGCUUAGUAACUCCAGGUUCGAAAGGACUUAGAGGAGAUCCUGGAGAUCCGGGAUUGCCUGGUGAUCCCGGUCUUAGUGGACUGGAUGGUGAACAAGGAUCGAAAGGUGUCCAAGGACAGCCUGGAUUUCGUGGCAGUAAUGGUGUUGUCGGACCUGACGGCCCACCUGGACCUCCAGGAGAAGCAGGAGCUGUCGGUGAACAAGGUACAAUUGGUGGCCCAGGGAUGACAGGAUUUAAUGGAAUGGACGGAGAUAUGGGUCCUCGUGGAGACUCUGGAGCAAGUGGCAGUCCUGGUCUCCCCGGACCUGAAGGCGAGCCAGGUUCGUUUGGUGAACCUGGGAUAGACCUACCAGGAGUAAAAGGCUUUCGUGGACCCAAAGGACGAGCUGGAUUGCCAGGUUUAAACGGAUUCCGUGGUAAAGGAGGUGAUGAUGGAUUGCCAGGCCCCCCAGGAAACUCAACACCUGGCGAACAAGGAGGAACCGGUCCUCCUGGAAUCAAAGGGGCGAAGGGUGACCCAGGUCCCCUGCCGGGAGACGGCGUGUCCCUUCCGUCUGGUGACCCAGGAGAUGCUGGAGCGGAUGGAAAAAUGGGUAUGCCUGGUUUAAAUGGCGACCAAGGACUAGAGGGACAACAGGGAGAGAGUGGAGCCACUGGACCCCCUGGGCAGGGAGGGGCUAUCGGUGAUCAGGGUGCCCUAGGCCCCCCAGGAGAAACUGGUGCACGGGGCAUGCCAGGGAUCUCUGGUGAUCCGGGAGUAGAAGGAGAUCCUGGACCCGACGGUGCCAGAGGCGACCAAGGAGACCAGGGAGAAGCUGGAUCUGACGGUUUAAAUGGGUUAAAUGGUGUAGGAGGGCCGGAAGGUGAAGCAGGGCAAGAUGGCGUGAGGGGACAAACUGGAGACGUUGGACCCCCAGGUGGGACUGGUUUAAUUGGCCUUAGAGGACAAAAAGGCCUUCCUGGCAUUACUGGUGUCAAUGGAUCUCCAGGCUCUUCAGGAACACCUGGUGAUCAGGGCCCAACUGGGGAAGCAGGUGCUCGCGGAGAGAGGGGAGAUAUGGGACCACUAGGACUUAGAGGACCCAAAGGUUUAGUGGGACCUCCUGGUUUUAACGGAAUUAUUGGAGUAAAAGGCGAACAGGGGAGCAAUGGCACCAUUGGUAGCCAGGGCACAACAGGCGAGCCAGGCAACCCUGGGCCGAAAGGUGAACAAGGACCAACCACCAUCACUCCAGGACCAAGGGGUGAGAAGGGACGCCCUGGACUGCCAGGAAUCCCUGGCCUGGAAGGAAUCCCGGGCGAGACAGGACCCCAAGGCCCUCCUGGCAACCUUCAAGGCCCGAAGGGUAACAAUGGUCUGCCCGGUCUACCAUCAGAGAAAAAAGGACCAACGGGCGAAACAGGACUUCCAGGAGAAGAGGGAAUUCCAGGCUUCCCCGGAGACCAGGGGUUACCUGGUCAACCAGGCCCCACGGGUAUCAUAGGUAAGGCAGCAACAGGUGAAGGUUACCACUUGGUGGUCCACAGCCAAUCUACUAGAAUACCUGACUGUCCGCUGAAUCUGACUAGACUGUGGACUGGCUACAGUUUGCUGUACGUUCAAGGUCACGAUACUUCUCAUGGACAAGAUCUCGGUGCGUCUGGAUCGUGUAUGAGACGUUUCACCACCAUGCCAUACCUUUUUUGUAACAUAAACCAACAGUGCUACUACGCUUCGAGAAACGAUUACAGUUAUUGGCUGACCACAGAUAUACAGAUUCCCAUGAUGCCAAUCAGUGCUCCCGCUGUUGAGCCGUUUGUCAGUAGGUGUGCUGUGUGUGAGGCACCUGGGCCUGUUGUUGCCACUCAUAGUCAAUCCACACAAAACCCAGACUGUCCUGCCGGCUGGCAAGCCAUUUGGAAUGGAUUCAGCUUCUUGAUGCAUACUGGUGCUGGUGGAAGUGGUAGUGGUCAAUCGCUUUCCUCUCCGGGAUCUUGUCUCAGAACUUUCCGCCACAAUCCUUUCUUUGAAUGCCAUGGUCGUGGUACCUGUCACUAUUUCGCUAACAAAUACAGCUUCUGGCUCUCCACCGUUGGACAGAUGUUCGUUGCACAGACGCCAGAGACCCUAAAACCUGGAAAUCUCCUGAGUCGUGUCAGCCGUUGUACUGUUUGUUACCGGGUUGCCAGCAAAAAGAAGAAGCGUCGUCGUGCCUUGUACCCCAGAGUGUUACCAGUACAGAAGAAACUUUCUUCAGCGUCACUGAAGCUUCAAUCAGCGGCGCAGCGGCUGUCACGUCAGUCGUAG